CUUUGCUACUGCCAUGUCCCUGCAUUUUGUGAUAGUCUUCCUCACUAUGACACAACAGUUAUUUUUGGGAGAACUUUAUUGAGGUCUGUAUUCCAAACUAUGAGGAGACAACUUUUAGACAAAUUUCGAGCAGAAAAAGAUAAGAUGCCACCUGAAAAACGUACUCUAGUUCUUACUCAUUUUCCAAGGUUUCUUUCAAUGUUGGAGGAAGAAGUUUAUGGAGCUAACUCUCCGAUAUGGGAUCCUGAGUUCCGCCAAGUUGGCUCUCACAGUUCACCAAAUGUCAGUGGAGAUCGAAGUAAGAAUUUUAUUUUUGCAGAUUCUUCAGGAGUAAUGAGCAAUGGAACAUCAACAAGAGUUUUUGAAAAGUUGAGUGUGUCCACUUCCCCAUUGCCUAGUGGUGAUGGUUUUACUACAUAUAACUUAAGUCCAGGGUUACUGCCAGUUUCCAGGUCAUCCAAAUCCAGUUCUACUGCUGAUGGUCAAGGAGAUAAAAGAUCUUUGGAAGAAGUUCCAAUUCCAGAAGUGAAAAGAAAGAAAAUUGAAGGUGAUAUUCCAGAAGAAACGGUUGCUGAAAUAUUAAAAACUAUAACCGAUCCAAAAGAAAUGUUGGGUCCUGAGCAUGCAGCACGAGACGAAACUGCUCGUGCUGAGGAAAGCCGAGGAGUGAUUGAAUUCCAUGUAGUAGGUAACUCAUUAACAAGAAAAGUCAGUAAGGAGUCCUUAAUCUGGUUGGUUGGUCUGCAAAACGUGUUCUCACACCAGCUUCCACGUAUGCCAAAAGAGUACAUAACCAGAUUGGUAUUUGACCCAAAACACAAGACUCUAGCCUUGAUCAAAGAUGGCCGUGUGAUUGGUGGAAUAUGUUUCCGUAUGUUCCCCACUCAAGGAUUUUCUGAGAUUGUAUUCUGUGCCGUAACUUCAAAUGAACAAGUUAAAGGAUAUGGAACACACCUCAUGAAUCAUCUAAAGGAUUAUCACAUACGUCACAAUAUUAUACACUUCCUAACCUUUGCAGAUGAAUUUGCUAUUGGCUACUUUAGGAAGCAGGGAUUUUCCAAAGAUAUUAAACUUCCUAAAGCAGCAUAUAUAGGCUUCAUCAAGGAUUAUGAAGGAGCAACUUUAAUGGGUUGUGAAUUGAAUCCUCGAAUUGUGUAUACUGAAUUUUCAUGUGUCAUACGGAAACAGAAAGAGAUAAUUAAAAAACUGAUAGAGAAACAACAGGAGGCAAUGCAAAAAGUCUAUCCUGGUUUGACCUGUUUCAAAGAUGGAGUGAGAGAGAUACCAGUUGAAAGUAUACCUGGAAUAAAAACAGGAUGGAAACCUGAAAAAAAAAAUGUUUCAAACUCCUUUGAAAUAUGCCUUUCACUUCACAGUGUAGUAAAGCAAGAACAGCUAGAUCCUGAACAGCUAUACCAGACAUUAAAGACAAUUUUAACACAAAUCAAGAGCCACAACAGCUCUUGGCCCUUUCAGAAGCCAGUGGAGAAGUCUGAAGCUCCAGAUUAUUAUGAUCACAUCAAGUACCCUAUGGACUUGAAAACAAUGACAGAAAGGCUGAAGAACAGGUAUUAUGUGAACAAGCGGCUAUUCUGUGCUGACAUUCUUCGCAUCUUCACAAACUGCCGUGCUUACAAUAGCCCAGACACCGAGUAUUACAAAUGUGCUAACACCUUGGAACGUUUCUACCAAAAUAAAAUGAAAGAAGCUGGACUGUGGGACAAAUGAAAUAAUUUUGGAAAUUUGAACAACCAGUUUGGGAGUCAACCUUUCCUUGCCAUGUUAUGAAAUAUUAAAUAUUGUACUCUUUCUAAAAUUAAAUGAGAAAGUUUACUGAAACAGAAGAAGAAGGAGUUAUCAUAUUGUGUUCUUCAAAUGAUCUGCUGAAAUGGAGUCUCAGAACAUAUUGAAAUAAUCAACCAGUCCAAUUAUGAAGUUAUUAUACUUUAAAGAGAGAGACUAUUAAUAUCACUCCUUGGAAGUAUUUGAAAAACCUACAUAAAGAUAUGACAUAUGAAGCUUUUUGGACCAUACAUUUAAAAUAAUUUUGGAAUGAAGCAGUCUUUUAGAUUGGUAAAACAUGCCAAUUUUAUUAUUUAAAACUACAAGCCUGCAGUGUCUUCUAACACAAUACAAAACAGUGUAGUGUGUGUAAGCAACUGUAGUUGAUGUAAGAAGAUAACAUUUUGCAGGUAUAUGUUUCCCAGUGUAGUAGGUGAGAAACAUACAGAGCUUUAACCAAAUAAGGUCGCCAUGAAUUCAUAGAACUCUGGAUCGAAGCAAAAAAUGAGUGUUUGUCACAUGGGAUAUGUACAUUCACCUGUAUUUUAACCACCUGAAGAACAUCUCUGUUUUAAUGUUGCUUGUUAUAGAGAUAUGUGAGUCAUUAGAAGCCCAUUUAACCUUAUAUCGUUCCACUUUUUCCUCAGUAUUACUCGUAGUUGUAAAGUGUGUUCUUUCUUGAAAAUCUGAGACAAACUUUUGGGUUUCUUGUUCAAAACUUACUUUGAAACUGUAAGCCAAACCCAUGUCUGGAUGUAUAUGUUUGCUGUAAAAUGUUGUUUUUUUUACUACACAUUCAUAUUCAUCUCUAAUAGAUUGUGUUUGCUCAAAUCAUUGACUCAAACUAAUAGCUCCCCAGUGGUAUGUCUACAGACUUACAACUCUAGAAUCUGGGCUUUGAUGCCUGUGGUGGGCAGAGCACAGAUAGCCCAUUGUGUUGCUUUGUGCUUAAUUUCAAACAAUCAAACUCAUAUUAAUACUACAAGAUUUAAAGUUUAAUCUUAAAUAAAAUCUCACAUUUAUUCUGUAUAUCUAUUAAUACGAUAAAAAAAAAAUGGAAAAAUUACUUGAAUAUACUUGUUAGUUUCACUAUGGACAUCUACGUAUGAAAAACAAAUAUGACUUUAAAUUUAUCAUAACAAAGAAAUGUUUUACCUGUCAUUGAGAUUGGAAUUUGUAAGAAUGAGUUUGAUUAUUUUUAAAUGACCAGUUAACAUUCUAGAAAAAUAAGUCUGGCUUUUAUAACGUAGAACGAGUACAAGUGCAUGAACUGAAAAAUUAUAGUAUUUCAUAUUUAGUUCAGUUCAAGUGUGGUACAAAAAGUUGUAAACAUAGUAAAGCAUUAGUGUCAUCUGUCCAAAACUGUAAUGCUUCUGUGGAUUAUCAAAUGGAUUGAAUAUACUUUUUGUGUUGUUGUUGGGUUUACUAUAAACCAAUUUUUUGUCAAAUAAACUUUCAUAUUAUAUUAA